GGGCGGCGUGCAGCUUGACUUGACUUACAGUUCUAUUUUUUUCUAAUAAUGUUGAUCGAGAAAGUCUGAAAAUUUACGUGAGUUUAGUCGUACGCCAUCUUUUGGUGUGUGUUGAAAAGUUAGUACACCGCACGGUAAAGGUUAAUACUUACGAAUUACAAUCUUAUUAUAAGAGACUGAUAGAGUUAUUCAUUGUCAGUAUUGAAAAUUGAACCAUUUUUUAAAUUCUUCACUUGUAAAAUGGGUAGUGGCGAUUACGAAGUAAAAUCGUAUUUUUCUCGUAAAAGGCGAUGGACAGAACAUGAAAAAAAGAGUUUAUUAGUAGCCUUAAGAUCUCACGGUUCGUCUGAUAUUGAAAAAUUAAAAGAACAUUUGCCUAACAAAACAACUAAAUCAAUUCAGCAAAUGAUCAAGAAAUACAAAGCAAUUGCAGAUUUAGGAAAAAAGGACAUUUAUUCUCCAUUAGAUGUAUGGGUGAGAAGUGGUAUAUUUGAUGCUGAAAGUAAUAUGAUUUCUGAAGCUCUGCUGUUUAUUUACUUGUUCGAGAAACAUCCACCCCCGAAUCAGACGGCAGGAUUUGAUAUCAAGAAUGUUUACAAAUUCAUGUAUGAGGCUGCAACUGGGGAACCUACAACUAACUUAUCAAGGAAAACAGCUUACAUGUUAAAGGACUUGAUUUACACAGUGGAUAGAGAAUUUGAUGGAAAUUUAAUGGAGACAACUGAUUGGCUGAUUAGUGAGUUAGCCUGUGCUGAUUCAGAAAGAUGUUAUAAAAAGAAGAAAAGAAAUACAGAUUCAGAUGAAAACACAAAUACAGGACAAAAUUCUAAUUAGUUGAAAUAAACCUCUUCAAUAAUAAUAUUUUACAUUUAAACUUGUUGCGAUUAACAAGUUUAACUCUAUUGUGAUAUUUAAAGAUCAAUUGUUUUUGCAUUAGAAAUUUAGUCCAUUAUUUAAAAUUAUUACCUAUACAACAAUUAUAUUUGAAACAUUAUAAUUUUUGUACAAGAUAUUCAUUUGUUAUAUUUAUACUUAAGAGAGUAAAAAAUAUUUUGAUAUACUAAAAAAUAGUCAGGUGCAAAAAUGCAUAAAUACAUAAUCAUGUUCGUUUUAUGACUAGCCAGCUUUUCAAAAAACUUACAUGCAGAAAAUUCCAAAUAUAUAUAUUCUUUUGGAUA